AUGGGCGCUGCGGAACCCGUUGUCGCAUCAACACCACAGCACGGGCCACGGGGGUUGGGAAAACAAAGGUUGUGGCAGGCUCUAAUUUGGCGGCGAUAUCACUGUGGCCUUACUCAAAUGUCACUCGUGUUUUCGCGCACCCUGACCUUGACUCACCUACUGGACAUUCGCGCACUCAGACAGAACUCGCGCGUCGUUGUUGCCUACGCACCACCACCACCACCACCACGGGCAAUCUGUGAAAGUCUAGCUCCUCAUGGAAAGUGUGCAGAAUUGCGAGACUACGUCUCUGUGUGCCUAGUGAUGGAGUCAAAGAGGAGGUGGGAUUGUCAACCUUCACAAAAUUCUACUACAGCUGCCUCUCUCCUUCCCGCUCGUUUUCGAUGCAGUCUACUGGAUCAACUCGACAGGAUCGCCUUCACCAACGAAACGGAACGGUAUCAUCUUGUAGGUCCAAAAAUGGGACUGGGGUUUUGCCGUUUUGUUGAACGAUCUCGGCUCUACUCACCAACAGGCGGUGAGACAAGAAGUGCCGAAAUUUCGGAGCAAAAAGACGGUUCACCUGCAGUCGUAGCGACAGUAACGACAGAUGAUCAUCGCCUCGUUGGGCCUGGUGACCGAGUCAAAUUUUUUGCCGAG